CCACUUAAGAAAUUCCCAUUUGGCUGCAACUUUGUCAAACAUUAUUUAUUAUUGUAAACAAUAAGUGGCCACCACAACCAUCCAAUGUACAGAAUAAAAAAAUUGACCAUGUCUAUCCAUACGCAGAGUUGGUGUAGCUGCCAUUUGACUUUGUAAAGCUAUGCUGUACAUCAGAAACUUCUAUAUCCAGAGCCGCGUUUUCCUUUCUAUGUAUAUUCCCUAUUGCCUAAUGCCACACCAUUUUGGAUUGAUUGCCGCAGGCCUUCUCAUCACCUCAAAAUAAGCUAAGGCUCUCAUUCUCUUUGGCUGUCUUUGUUUGCCAUCACCGAAUCUAGGAUUAGUAUAUAAAAAACCCUCUUCUUUUUCUUUUUAACCAUCUUCUUCCCUUUUCUUGGUUGCUGUGGGAUAAAACACCAAGAUUUCUACAACAUAAAUAUGUGUCCUCUGAGGUUUAUCUUGGUGUUUUUCUCAGCAGUUUUGGCUGGAUACUUUGCAUGGAGGUCUGUGCGGUCGUCGCCGGAGAUUGAAAGCAUGAAUUCCAAUGAUUCAACAGUUGAAAGGAAACCAUUGAAUCACAAACAAGAAUUCACUGUGAAGAAGAUGGUUCAAAAUGGAUUCUGGGUAUUUGUCGACAUGGCCAGUGGAAAGUACCUGUGGAGGAAUCUGAAGGAGAUGAGGAAAGAUGAGAAAGUUAAGAGCUGCUAGAAUUUUUUUUUUUUUUAAUCAAACCUUUUUUUCCCUUUCGCCAUCUCUACCCCCCUGUGGGGAAGGAGGAGAAAUUGGAAUUUGAGGGCAGGGCAGGUACGGUACAGAUAUCACAUGCUGCAAAUGUAAUUCAGUUGAGAAUCCUUCUGAGAAUCUGAGCUAAUAUUGAAUUUGUUCAUCAGUUCAAAAUAAAGAAAAAAAAACUUUGUUCAUCAA